AUGUGCGUGACAGCCAAGCUUCAGUCCAUUAUAAUAAUCGCCAGUGGAAAGAUAGCAGUCCGGCUAAGGAUCGGUAAAACCUUGCGUCAGUCUCCGCCCGCAGAAGCAGCAGGCAAGAUGUGGCGGCUCACGCUUAGUAUCGUUUGGGCAUUUCUGGUGACUCGAGGCAUCGGCACGGUUCCAUCCGGUGUCCUGGUGAACUACACCAGACCAGGAGACUUCAUCAUCGGUGGAAUAUUCCCACUGCACCAGGAUAACACCUGCCGAGCGGGUAUGAGAAGCCAUAUUCUGGAGAGAGUCCAGACGAUGGUGUAUGCUCUGGAGGAGAUCAAUGCCAACGAUGACAUUCUCCCGAACGUUACUCUGGGAUUUGACAUCCGUGAGUCCUGCUACAUGGAAGAUGCUGCCCUGUGGUCUGCUUUGUCGAUUCUUGGCGGGCACGAACCGAACGGGAUCCACGCGGUCACUACAGGAAAUGCCUCGCGAAGUCGUUUGAUCGGAAUCGUCGGCACGAGCCGGAGUACCACCAGCAUCGUGGCGGCAAAGGCUACUAAUCUAUAUGAGAUACCAAUGAUCUCCGGCUACGCUACCAGUGACGAGCUGAGCGACAAAGGAAGGUUCCCGUACUUCUUGCGUACUGCCCCGCCGGACAAACUCCAGGCGCGUGCUAUCAUCGAUGCACUGCUCCGGUUCAAGUGGUUUUAUGUAGGGGUGAUGUAUUCCGUCGAUACCUACGGUAUAAGAGGCACGCAGGAACUAUUGAAUCUUGCAGACAAGAAUGGCAUUUGCGUGGCUUUCUCAAUAGCUGUUCGAAAAACUGCCACAGAGACUGAAAUCCAGGAGGCAGUGUCGAAGAUCCUGCAGUUUGACAAGGCAAAAGUGUAUGUCAUGUUUGGCGGCUAUGAAGGAAUGUACAGAAUCUUGCAGGAGUACCAUAAGAUUAAACCGACCGAGAAACUCACGCUAGUCGGCAGUGAUACAUUCGCUUAUUUUGAAGAACAUGGCUUGCAGGACAUGAGUCUAGGGAACCUGUUCUUCACUUUGAAUUUCCGUCAGGUCCCGGGGUUCGACAGGUACUUCAAUGACUUGGUGGCAUCUAGUAUGGAGAACCCAUGGUUUGCUGAGUACAAGGAACUGUGGAGAAGGGAGCUUGGAUGUUCUGAUUUCAGUAACUGCUACAUUCCUACGAGUAACCGCUCCAGUCCAGCCUAUCACGCUGUGUAUGCAUUCGCACAUGCUCUGGAGGACAUGCUGAGAGCACGCUGCGGAGUUUCCUUUGCAAGUCCGGACUGUGAGCUCUUUCGAAACGGGAUCAGCGGACGAGAGUUUCUGCCCUUCCUUCUGAAUGUGACCUUCCAAGGGAUAGACGGCCUCUUCAGGUUUGACGAGAAUGGAGACCCGGAAGGCACGUACAACGUGGAUAGUUUCCGCAACGGGGAGUACUACCAGGUCGGAAGCUGGGACUCGCGUGGAGCCGACCAUGAAUUCUCCAUCAACGAAUGGGACAUCCGGUGGCCAGACGGAGUGGGGAAGCCAACAUUUUCUCUUUGCAUCGAGGACUGUCGCCCGGGAUACAUUGUGGUACCACUGGAGAAGAAAUGCUGCAAAGGCUGUCAAAAGUGUGCCAGUAACGCAAUCGUGAGAGACGGCGUGUGCGUUCCCUGCGCCGGGAGGUUCUGGCCAGACGAGGACACUUUCACUGAAUGCCAAGAGAUCGAGGCUUCAACGUUCGCAGUGGACGAAGCCUCCGUUCUGGUCAUCCUGGCUCUGAGUCUGGUCGGUAUCUGUUUUUCAUCUCUAAGCUUUGCCGGGAUGACCUACUACCGCAACCACGCCCUGAUCAAAGCAACCAGCAGGGAGCUGAGUUUCAUCUCCAUCCUGGGCACCAUGCUUGCUUUCUUCAUCCUAUUUGCCUUUCUGCCCCGUCCCACUGCCGCUUCCUGCGCCAUCUCUGAGGCAAUCAUCUCUCUGUGUGUCACGCUGACCUACGCGCCGACUCUUCUCAAGGUUAACCGUAUCUUCAGGAUCUUCAACGCCAGCAAAAGGUCUACCAAACCUCCGAGGCUCGUGCGACCCAAGGACCAGCUGAUUCUGUCAGCUGUACUCAUCUCCGUGCAGGUAUAA